AUGACGGUUCAGCCAGACCUGAGGCUGCAGAGAGUUAAACAGUCACAGAGGAUCAGACAGAGAGUCCAGCGUCUCCCUGACACCUUCGCUGCUGGAGCCAAAUUGCAUCUCUGUGAUUUCCCCUACAGUGAAGUUCUGCUAUUGAAUACUUACGUGAAAGUUAAGUUGCCGCUUAAUGGGAUGUCAAGAAAUAAUUUGGAGGCAUCUCCUUGUAAAAUGACAGAGCCGUUUAAUUUUGAGAAAAAUGCAAGCAAGCUCCCACCACAUGGCUCUUUAAGAAGUCCUGGAGGACAGCCCAACCACCCAAAUUUCAGGUUGAAAAGCCCCGAGAACAGAAAUAAAAAAAACAAUUUUUUGCUUUGUGAGCAAACCAAACAAUAUUUGGCUAGUCAGGAAGACAAUUCAGUGUCUUCAAACCCUAAUGGCAUCAGUGGAGACGUGGUUGGAUCCAAAGGAGACAGGAAGACAUUGCCGACAGGAAAGUCAGUGUCACCAUUAAAUAUUGGAAAUAAUUCACCACCCAAACAAGCAAAUAGUAAGCCUAGCAAUAAUGUGUCUCCUGCAAAGUCAAAAAAAAUACACAAGUUGGUUGAGAAUUCCUUGUCCAUAAAUAAUCCAGCACUCUUCAAAUCCUUAGGACCUCCUCUUCGGUCAACUACUUGCCAUCGCUGUGGCCUGUUUGGGUCGCAGAGGUGUUCCCAGUGCAAGCAGACAUACUAUUGCUCCAUAGCAUGCCAGAGAAGAGACUGGUCAGCACACAGCGUCGUGUGCAAGCCUGUGCAGCAAAAUUUCCACAGACUUGAAGAUAACAAGUCACCCUUUGAAACAAGAACCGUGGGCGUGACAAACGAGAGUGACUAUCCUUUCGGAGUUACUAAAGAAAUAGCCAUUUGUGCUGAUAAAAUAAUGUUUUCUGAUUUGAGAAGUCUACAACUCAGGAAAACCAUGGAAAUAAAGGGUGCAGUUACUGAAUUCAAAGACCCAAGUGACUUUUAUGUGCAGUUACAUUCCUCAGAAGUGUUAGAGUGCAUGAACCGACUCUCUGCGAGCUUAAAGGAAACAUAUGCAGAUACGGAGCAUGAGGACGGUUAUAUUCCUGUGAAGGGGGAGGUUUGUGUUGCCAAGUACACUGUUGACCAGACCUGGAACAGAGCAAUUAUACAGGAUGUCGAUAUGCUGCAGAAGAAGGCACAAGUCUUAUAUAUUGAUUAUGGAAAUGAGGAAAUAAUUCCAGUGAACAGAAUUCAGCGACUAAACAGAAACAUUGACUUGUUUCCUCCUUGUGCCAUAAAGUGCUUUGUGGCUGAUGUUAUCCCAGCAGAAGGGAACUGGAGCAAUGAUUGUAUCCAAACUAUUAAAUCACUGCUGAUGGAGCAGUACUGCUCUGUAAAGAUUGUCAACAUCUUAAAAGAGGAAGUGGUUACCUUUGCUGUGGAUGUGAUGCUGCCAAGUUCAGGAAAACUCUUAGACCAUGUGCUUGUAGAAAUGGGAUAUGGCUUGAUACCUAAGGGACAAAAUUCUAAGAAGCAAAGUGCAGAUCAGAGUGAGCCUGAAGAUGUUGUAAAAAUGACAGCUGAAAACAAAAUUGUUGUAGACAGAAGAGACUUAAUCCCAAAAGUGUUAACUUUGAAUGUAGGCGAUGAGUUCUGUGGUGUGGUUUCCCACAUUCAGACUCCAGAAGACUUCUUUUGCCAAAAACUACAAAGUGGACAUAAGCUUGCUGAACUUCAGGCAUCCCUUAGCGAGUACUGUGGUCAGGUGUCUCCACGCUCAGAUUUUUACCCAACCAUUGGCGACAUCUGCUGUGCUCAGUUCUCAGAGGAUGACCAGUGGUACCGUGCCUCCGUCUUGGCCUAUGCUUCUGAAGAAUCUGUACUGGUCGGAUAUGUAGAUUAUGGAAACUUUGAAAUCCUUAGUUUGAAAAGACUGUGUCCGAUAACUCCAAAGUUGUUGGAAUUGCCAAUGCAAGCAAUAAAGUGUGUGCUGGCAGGAGUAAAGCCAUCAUUAGGAAUUUGGACUCCAGAAGCUAUUUGUCUGAUGAAAAAAACUGUACAGAACACAAUGAUUACGGUGAAAGUGGUGGACAAGCUGGAGAACAGUUCCCUGGUGGAGCUUGUGGAUAAAUCCGUGACUCCUCACCUCAGCGUUACUGAAAUUCUCAUAGAUGCGGGCUUUACUGUCCGGGAAAAAGGGAUAGUGACAGAAAAACUCAGCAACAUGAAAGAAGCCAGUGUUCCCUUGGGUGUAGAAGCAAAACUGAAUCCAUUGGCGGGGACAUGGCUUGCACUUGCUGUUGACCAAACAGUAGAUGUUGUGGUCUGUGUGAUAUAUAGUCCUGGAGAAUUUUAUUGUCAUGUGCUCAAAGAGGAUGCUUUAAAGAAACUCAAUGAUUUGAACAAAUCACUAGCAGAACUUUGUCAGCAGAAGCUCUCUAAUAACUUUAAGGCAGAAAUAGGGCAACCUUGUUGUGCGUUUUUUGCAGGUGAUGGCAAUUGGUAUCGUGCUUUAGUCAAGGAAAUUGUACCAAAUGGAAACGUUAAAGUACAUUUUGUGGAUUAUGGAAACAUGGAAGAAGUUACUGCAGAUGAACUCCAGAUGAUCCCAUCUGAAUUUUUAACACUUCCAUUUCAGGGGAUACAGUGUUGGUUAGUAGAUAUACAGCCUAGAAACAAACAUUGGAGUAAGGAGGCCAUAGCAAGAUUUCAGAUGUGCGUGGCAGGGAUAAAACUCCAAGCCCGAGUGGUUGAAAUCACUGAAAAUGGAGUGGGGCUUGAACUCACCGAUCUUUCCACUUGUUAUCCCAGAAUAAUUAGUGAUGUUCUGAUUGAGGAACAUCUGGCUGUAAAAGCUAGCUCACCACAAAAAGACUUGGCAAGAAACAGACCUGUCAGUAAACAUGAUCUUCAGACAGACACCCCGGGGCGUCAAGCUGUCUCUUCAGCUCAGCGGUGGAGGACCAUAGAGCUGCCGGUGGAUAACACUGUACAAGCAAGCAUUUUAGAAAUCAUAAACCCAAACUUGUUUUAUGCUCUACCAAGUGAGAUGCCGGAAGAUCAGGAAAAACUGUGUGUAUUGACAACUGAAUUGUUAGAAUAUUGCAAUGCUCAGAGGAGUCAGUCGUCCUAUAGACCCAGAGCUGGAGAUGCGUGCUGUGCCAGAUACACAAAUGAUGAUUUCUGGUACCGUGCUAUUGUCCUGGGGGCCUCAGAGGCCGAGGUGAAAGUGAUCUAUGCCGACUAUGGAAACGUCGAAACUCUGCCUCUUUGCAGAGUGCGGCCAAUCUCUGCCAGCCACCUGGAGCUUCCUUUCCAAAUUAUCAGAUGUUCUUUCGAAGGACUAAUGGAAUUGAAUGGAAGCUGUUCUCAAUUAGUAAUAGAGCUACUAAAAAAUUUCAUGUUGAAUCAGAAUGUAACGCUUUCUGUGAAAGGAGUUGCUAAGAAUGUUCACAUCGUGUCUGUCGAGAAAAGUUCUGAGAAUGGUGCUGUCAGCCUAACUGAUAAGCUGGUGAUGUAUGGCUUGGCAAAAAACAUCACAUCUAAAAAGCAAAAUGCUCUCACCAAAGAAAAGACGACCGGGAUGAAUUGCUGCUGCUCAGAGUUGCAGAAACAAGUUGAAAAACAUGAACAGAUUCUUCUCUUCCUCUUGAACAAUCCAACCAAUCAAAAUAAAUUUAUUGAAAUGAAAAGAUUGUUAAAAAGCUAA